GUAAACUGGCUGGGAUUUUUGGAAGUUGUAGGUCAAAAACAUCUGGAGACCCACAGGUUGAGAACCACUGCUAUAGCACAUUCCAGAGCUCAAGACGGGAAGCUGGCAGGAAGCAUCUCAGACAUUACAGUACAAUCUUGUAACAGAAUCAAGUAUGUUUUUUGAGAUACUUUUACUACUGGCUGUAUAUGACCAGUGCUUUCUCUUUCCAAGCAGAAAUAAGUACAAUAGAACCCACAAGAUUUUUGUUCUACGUGGCUUACAUAUUGUGUUAACAUAUUGUCCAUACUACAGGAAAAGGGGCAGACAUUGUAUCACUAUGUUGUGAUCUUUUGGUGCAGAGUCAACCACUGUUUAGAAGACUAAAAUCAACAUUUUUUGAUAAUGUGAAAUGUUAGAAAUUGGGAAAUGAAUUCACAGACACAGCCACUGAACUUGUUUAUUGGAUUAAGGCGAGGUUGCCUAUUUUGUUGACUGAGUGUUGGAUCUCAUUGUGAGAUUUGCAAAGAAUGGCAUGAAAGUUGUGGCUGUUGCACAUUUUAUUACUGGUCUCUUUAAAAGGACAUUUUAAAAAUUCUUUUAGAGGUUUAUGCCUGGGAAUAAUAAAAAUUAAAGUAUAGGUUUAAAUAUCAAUUUAUCAUGGAUAAUCAGAUGGGGCAAAAAAUUAAAAUGAGUAGUUGGUAAGAACGCCUGUGUCUGUCAGGACUGAGAUCUUCAGUUAAGGCAAUUGGUCUCAGUCCUAGACGCAAGCUGUAUAGGACAAAAAUAGUAGCUUGAGUUUUGCUCAGAAGCAGAUUGGAAGGAAAGGCAGUUUUUGUAUCACAAGAUUUAUAAUUAUAGUUGAUGGUGUUAUGGUGUUAUAAUAAAUGAUCAUGGUGUUAUAGGUGAUGGGUAGAUACAUUUUGACAAGAGGCUAUAUUGGAAACCACAUACCAUAUUCACAGAAUCAUAGAAUCAUAGAGUUGGAAGAGAACGCAUGGAUCAUCCAAACCCCUGCCAUGCAGGAAAAGCACAAAGUAUCCUUGACAGAUGGCCAUCCAGCUUUUGUUUAAAAGCCUCCAAAGAAGAGGCCUCAACCACUCACUAAGGCAGAGACUUCCACUGUUGAACAGCUUACGGUCAGGAGGUUCUUCCUAAUAUUCAGGUGGAAUCCCCUUUCCUAUCAUCUGAACCCAUUGCUCUGAGUCCUAGUCUCCAGAGCAAAGAUAUCCUUUCAAAUAUUUAUGUAUGGCUAUCAUGUCUCUUCUCAGCUUUCUCUUCUGCAGGCUAAACAAUACAUAUCUCACAACCUCUGGGGAUGCCUGCCAUAAAUGUGGACGAAACGUCAGGGGAGAAUGCUUCUGGAACAUGGCCAUACAGCCCGGCAAACUCAUAACAACCCAAUACAUACCUAGCUCUUUAAGCAUUAUCUCUUUAGAGCUAUUGAACAUCACAACAAAUUGAUCAAUCCUGUCUUAUCUUUCAGAACCUACUUGCCUGAUAUUUUGGUGAAAAUAUUCUAUAUUAAGGCUGCAGAACGAAUUUGAGAAGUUAUAUCACACUUUCCCUUUAUUCUGCACUAUUCGAUCUGAAAUCUAUUCCAGCCUUUCUUCUCAGAGUAGGAUGUUGACACACUCUAUUGUGCCUUUGCUGUAUUUAUGUUUUGAUAUAAUCAUCCACAUCAUUUUUCCCAUUGCCUUCAUGGCAUAAUUACCGACUCCUAUAACAGACUCUUUCUUCAUAAUGGGUUUAUUCAAGUGAAACAAAGUUAUAGCUAUAAUCAUGGAAUGAGGUGACACUAUCAUCACCUGGCCCAACCUCAUCACAGCAACUAAUGGAUCAUUUGUAUUAGCAUGGCUAUAAGAAAUCCACACCCAAAAAUGGUUGCAGAAUUGUUGUGGAAAAAAAUGGGUUCAUUAAGGGAUUAUUUUCAGUAUGAAAAAAAAAGGUUUUGAGUACUUUGAAAUACAAAAAUGUCUGAAGAGCAAUGGCAUUGGGCAAAAAUGUUGCUAUAAUGCAAUGGUAUGAUAACACCCUAAAUGCAACCUAUUUUCUCAUUUCAAUUCUAGCAGAAUCUUAGGUAGAAGGUGACUGUGGAACGACCUGCUGGAAGACCUUAUAUCUGAAGACUUAUCUCUUCCAGCAAGCUUACCCAGCCAGCAUGAAUCAUGAAUUCUAAACUUGUGUCUUGUGUUCACAAUAUUUUAGUCUUUCUUCUCUGCAUUUUGAUAUAUGUAUUUUGUAGAAAUACAUUAUAAUAUGUGUAUUUUAUAUAAUGUUUAUGAUGAUUAUGUGUUUUCAGCUAUGUUUUAAGCUACCUCAAACCACGAGGAGGGGCAGGUAAGUAUUAUUAUUAUUAUUAUUAUUAUUAUUUGUCAGAACCCUGCUACUAGAGCCUGGAUGUGGCUCUGAGUUUCAGGGUCACUGACAUUGAUAAGACACCUGCGUCCCAGGACUCGGAGGAGAAACGGCUGAUGGACUUGGCGGGGAAUUUGCGCGGGGUUUUACUGAGCGGGAAGAGACUGUUCAAAUGAGGGGGAGGGUAUAUAAAGGAGGGUUGGCCGGAGCCUCCCAUUCUUGGCUUUUCUGAUGUUCAUGUUUCCUACAGUAAAAGUUUCUGGUGAUAUCACAGAGAGUCUUGUGUGUUCAUUCAGGAGCGGCUGUGGUGAGCUGACACUAAGCCAAGAAUACGGACACCAUCCCGCUGUAGCGGUGAGGUGUAACAUGCAAGUGGAGGAUGAAGAGCUCUUGGGCGCCGGAGGAGGAAGGUCGGAAAGGGCCACUCCCGAGACGGACGCUGAGUUCCACCAGCUGGCGGCCCUGGCGUCAUCCACCGCUUAUGCCCAGCCAAAUGGGGUAACCCAGAGGCGCGGAGUGGUGCGGGGAGAUAGCACCGGAGGAGAGGAAGGUUCACCUUCCCCAGGCCCGCAAAAGAUGGUGUUUCUGGAGGAGAGGAUGUCGGCGAUGGAGACCACCCUGGCAGUGAUGUCGAGGGCGAUGGAGCGCCUGGCGGUUUUGGCGGAGCCGGAGCGAGGAAGGGAACUCCGGGCUAGCUCAAUGUGGGACGUGAGCAUGGGAAGCAGCCAGGGCUUUGCAGACCUCCCAGCACCGAAGGGAAGGGAAAUGCGAAAGGAGCCCGGUGCCCGGCCCAAGAUCCAAACGAGCCUGACGCGGGUGGAGGAGAGUGACGACGAAGGGGAAAAGCCUCCGAGAAUCCCGGCUACGCUCCCAACUGAGACCCUGGUGCCCCUGGCGAAUGCCGGGCGUGGCACAGGACAAAGGGAAGCAGCAGCGGGGCCCACUGGCCCGCAAGGGGGCUUGCGACGGGCGGAGGAUUGGGGAUUGCCACCACAGGGACCCCUACCGAGACGAGAGGAACUAAGGAUCGAGUUUGGGGGAGAGUCCUCUGAACUGGAUUUUUUCCUGACCACGGUGAGGGGCUAUAUGGAGGACAAUGCCCACACUUUCAGAACGGAAUCCAGCCGGGUACGGGCCAUUGGUGCAGUGUUGAAGAGGGGAGCGGCCAGCUGGUACGUUCAACUACACGCGCGGCGCGACCCAUGUCUGGGGUCACUCCGACGCUUUAUGGGGGCCCUGGAGACCCGUUUCCGAGAUCCACUGGAGCAGAUCCGGGCGAGGAAGGAGUUGAAGACCGUCUCCCAGGGGCAGAGGUCGGUAUCUGAGUAUGCGGAGGAGUUCCAAUGCCUCGCUGAAAAGGUGCCGGAAUGGUCUGCAGUGACAAAGAUAGAACUCUUCAAAGAGGGGCUCAGGCGGGAGAUCCUCUCCUGGGCGGUGCAUCGUGAUGAGCCUGACACACUGCGCGGAUGGAUUCAGCUGGCGGGGCGCGUCGAGACAUCGCUGGCCCAGGCGAGGAGGCACCGAGGAGGGCUACAGCAGCGGCCGCAGAUGAAAGAGGGGAGCCGGAAGGAGGGAUCAACCCCAGCCGGGAGGAGAACGGAGCCGCCAGGGAACGUGAGCACCAGCAGGAGGGGCUGCUUCGUGUGCGGCCGUUUGGGCCACAGGGCUGCCGAGUGCUGGCAGAGAAAAGGGGAAGGCGGAGGCCCGCCCAAACCAAGAGCCGUGGCAGGGAAACGCGCCGAGGAAGAACCACCGAUGAGGCACCACUCGGGGGGGUUGGACGAAGGGGAGGAGGACGCCAUGUCAGAACCCUGCUACUAGAGCCUGGAUGUGGCUCUGAGUUUCAGGGUCACUGACAUUGAUAAGACACCUGCGUCCCAGGACUCGGAGGAGAAACGGCUGAUGGACUUGGCGGGGAAUUUGCGCGGGGUUUUACUGAGCGGGAAGAGACUGUUCAAAUGAGGGGGAGGGUAUAUAAAGGAGGGUUGGCCGGAGCCUCCCAUUCUUGGCUUUUCUGAUGUUCAUGUUUCCUACAGUAAAAGUUUCUGGUGAUAUCACAGAGAGUCUUGUGUGUUCAUUCAGGAGCGGCUGUGGUGAGCUGACAAUU